AUGGUCCACCUAUCCCCCGCUGCUGUCGCCCAAAUCGACGCCCUGCUCGACGCGUACGCUGCGAAGCCGGGGCACCCGGGCACGCUGAUAGGCAUCACCAACAAGGCUGGCGAGCGCCUCUUCCUCCGCGCGGCCGGCACGAAGGACCUCGGCACCGGCGCAGCGUACGCCAACGACACGGUGUUCUGGGUCGCGUCGUGCACCAAGCUCAUCACGAGCGUGGCCGCGAUGCAGCUCGUUGCCGCGGGCAAGAUCGGGCUCGACGACGACGUGGGCCGCGUUUGUCCCGAGCUCGCGAGCCCCGACGUCGUCGUGUCGUCGACCGACACGGAGAUCACAACGCGCAAGGCGACCAAACCGAUCACGCUGCACCACCUCCUUACCCACACAGCGGGGUUCACGUACCCGUGGUACAACAUCCACGUGCGCCGGUGGUGCGGGCUGCACCCGGACGCGGACCCGCUGCGCGCUCUCGACUCGCCGCUUGUCGCUGAGCCCGGCGCCAAGUUCGACUACGGCGUCAGCGUCGACUGGGCCGGCGUGGUCGUCGAGCGCGUGUCGGGCCAGUCGCUGGAGGACUACUGCCAGGAAAACAUCUUCGGCGCGCUCGGCAUGGCGUCCACCUCGUUCGACAUGGCCUCCCGGCCCGACCUGGCGGCACGCCUCGCGACCCUGCACCUCUGGGACGGUAAGGAGACCUUCACGCCGUACGCGUUCGGUGAUACGGCCGCGUGGCCCAAGGUCGUCGCGCAGGGCACCGAGAAAUCGGGCGGCGGCGGCCUCUUCACCACAGGCGAAGACUACCUCACCCUCCUGUCGACGCUACUCAACAACGGCGCGCACCCGACCACCGGGAAGCGCAUCCUCCCCGCCCCCGUGGUAGGGGACAUGUUCGCCAACCAGGUGGCCGACGUGCCGGACCAAGGCGCGCUAGGGGACAACGCGAGCGUCGCGACGACGGACACGGGCGUGGCGGACGGCGCGCUCGUGCUGCUCCCUGGCGAGCGGAAGGGCUGGGGGCUGGGGCAUUUACUCAACCUAGAUGACAUUGACGGCGGGCGGCGGGCCAACUCUGGCGAAUGGGGAGGUAUCUCCAACUGCUUCUGGCUCGCGGACCGCACGUCGGAAAUCGGCAUCAUCGUCUUCAACGACAUCCUCCCGUAUGGCGUCCCCGCGUUUAUCGAGCUCGAGACCCAGGUCCAGAAGGUCGUCUACUCGCCCGGCGCCCUAAUCUAG